UCAGAGCUACUCAAAUGGCACAAUUUGAUGCUCGUAGGACUGAGGUCUUAGGAAGAUCGGCAAGCAUCAUUCAGAGAAAAACGCGUUCUUAUUUGGCAAGGCGAAGUUUUGUCUUGCUCCAAAAGUCUGCUAUGCUUAUUCAAGCUGUUUGCCAAGUACAACUCGCACGUCACAUAUAUGAGAGCAUGUGGCAUGAAGCUGCCUGCCUCAGGAUUCAGAAAUAUUUGCGUAUGCAUAUUGCUAGAAAAGCAUAUAAGGACUUGUGUUCCUCAGCCAUAUGUAUACAGACAGGCUUACAUGGGAUGGCUGCUCGAUGCGAGCUACGACUGAGAAAGCAAAUCAAAGCUGCUAUCGUUAUUCAGAGUCAUUGUCGCAAAUACCUGGCACGGGUCCAAUAUCUGGAUACUGAAAAGGCAGCACUUACAACUCAGUGUGCAUGGAGAGGGGGAGUUGCUCGUAGAGAACUGCGGAAGCUUAAGAUGGCUGCCACAAAUAAGCUAGAAAAACAAGUGGAAGAACUUACGUGGAACUUACAACUGGAGAAACGCAGGAGAGCUGAUUUAGAAGGGUCAAAGAAUCAAGAAAAUGCAAAACUACAGUCUGCUUUGAAUGACAAACAACUUCAAUUCAAGCAAACCCAAGAGUUGCUUUCAAUUGAAAUCGAAAGACUCAAGGGUUUGAUCAAUUCUCUGGAAAAGAAAAUUGGUGACACUGAGAAAAAGUAUGAGGAGACAAAAAAGAUUGGUGAAGAAAGACUGAAGCAAGCUCUGAAGGAAGAGUCAAAGAUGAUUGAGAUGAAGACAGAUAUGCAAAGGCUGGUCGAGAAAAUCUCUGACAUGGAAAAUGAGAACCAAAUACUUUGGGAACAUGUAAUCGUGGAGAAUGGGAUAAAUGAACAACGGAGGCCAACACCUGUGAAGAAGUAUGGUACAUGUCGAAUUUUGCGGAACCUUGUGUGCAAGUGUAUAUGUAUUUGGAACACAAUAGAUGAGCAAGAGGAUUGAGAACAACAAGGCUUUAUUGUAGGGAAAAGGACAUUAGGAGUGCCAAAAGUUGUGUACUGUACGGCGCUCACUUUAAUGCCAAAAGUUU